UUUUGCUACGUCAUCACCAGGCACGCGCGGGGAACAUGGCGGCGGCGGGCGUUGUGAGCGGGAAGAUUAUAUAUGAACAAGAAGGGGUAUAUAUUCACUCAUCUUGUGGAAAGGCAAAUGACCAAGACAGCUUAAUUUCAGGAAUAUUGCGUGUUUUAGAAAAGGAUGCUGAAGUAAUAGUGGACUGGCGACCAUUGGAUGAUGCAUUAGAUUCUUCUAGUAUUCUUUAUGCUGGAAAGGACUCCAGUUCAGUUGUAGAGUGGACUCAGGCUCCCAAAGAGCGAGCUCACCGAGGAUCGGAACACCAGAACAGUUAUGAAGCAGAAUGGGACAUGGUUAAUACAGUGUCGUUUAAGAAGAAACCACAUACCAAUGGAGAUGCUCCAAGCCAUAGAAAUGGGAAAAGCAAAUGGUCGUUCCUGUUCAGUUUGGCAGACCUGAAAUCGAUCAAGCAAAGCAAAGAGGGUAUGGGCUGGUCUUACUUGGUCUUCUGUCUAAAGGAUGACGUCAUGCUUCCUGCUCUGCACUUCCAUCAAGGAGAUAGCAAACUACUGAUCGAGUCUCUUGAGAAAUAUGUGGUGUUGUGUGAAUCACCACAAGAUAGUAGAACACUUCUUGUCAAUUGUCAGAAUAAGAGUCUUUCACAGUCUUUUGAAAAUCUUCUUGAUGAACCAGCAUAUGGCUUAAUACAGAAAAUUAAAAAGGAUCCUUAUACAGCAACCAUGGUAGGAUUUUCCAAAGUUACAAACUACAUUUUUGAUAGUUUGCGAGGCAGCGAUCCCUCUACACAUCAACGACCACCUUCAGAAAUGGCGGAUUUUCUUAGUGAUGCUAUUCCAGGCCUGAAGAUAAAUCAGCAAGAGGAGCCGGGAUUUGAAGUCAUCACGAGAAUUGAUUUGGGAGAGCGACCUGUUGUUCAAAGGCGGGAACCAGUGUCCCUGGAAGAAUGGACCAAAAACCUGGAUGCUGAAGGAAGACUCGUCAACGUAGAGAGCAUGAAGCAGAGGAUAUUCAGAGGGGGUCUUAGUCAUUCAUUAAGAAAGCAAGCAUGGAAAUUCCUCCUGGGUUAUUUUCCUUGGGAUAGUACCAAAGAGGAAAGAACUCAAUUACAAAAACAAAAAACUGAUGAGUACUUCAGGAUGAAACUGCAGUGGAAGUCUGUCAGCGAGGCACAAGAGAAGAGAAACUCACGCCUGAGAGACUAUAGAAGUCUGAUUGAGAAAGAUGUCAACCGAACAGAUCGAACAAACAAGUUUUAUGAAGGCCAAGAUAACCCAGGGCUGAUUCUACUUCACGACAUUUUGAUGACCUACUGCAUGUAUGACUUUGAUUUAGGGUAUGUACAAGGAAUGAGCGACUUACUUUCCCCGCUUUUGUACGUGAUGGAGAAUGAAGUGGACGCCUUUUGGUGCUUUGCCUCUUACAUGGACCAGAUGCAUCAAAAUUUUGAAGAACAAAUGCAAGGCAUGAAGACCCAGUUAAUCCAGUUGAGCACCUUACUCAGAUUAUUGGACAGUGGAUUUUGUAGCUAUUUAGAAUCCCAAGACUCUGGAUAUCUUUAUUUUUGCUUCAGAUGGCUUUUAAUCAGAUUCAAAAGGGAAUUUAGUUUUCUAGAUAUACUGCGAUUAUGGGAGGUAAUGUGGACUGAACUGCCCUGUAAGAAUUUUCAUCUUCUUCUGUGUUGUGCUAUCCUGGAAUCAGAAAAGCAACAGAUAAUGGAAAAGCAUUAUGGCUUCAAUGAAAUCCUUAAGCACAUCAAUGAAUUGUCCAUGAGGAUUGAUGUAGAAGACGUACUGUGUAAAGCAGAAGCAAUUUCCCUACAGAUGGCACAGUGCAAGGAAUUGCCGCAAGCAGUUUGUGAGAUCCUGGGACUUCAGGACAGUGAAGUUACAACGCCAGAUUCCGACACUGAUGAAAACGUUGGCACUCCUUGUCCCGUGUCUGCAUUUCCAAGUAGCACCUCGCCCAUCCUUGCUGCCAGUGAAGCCAAAGACGACAGUCCAGCACCGACAUUAGCAUCCCCAAACGCCUGCAGAUCAACACCUGCAUGAUCAUUUGUCUUACAUUUUUUAAGAGAUACUUUGUUGCAAUUCCUUUUUAAGUACAUGAAAGGUAGACAUUCACAGUCUUGGUAUUGAUCAUGCUUUAAGUUUUAUGGAAAGACAGUGUACUGAUGUUCUUGCAUUAAAGCUUUACAAAGUUCUAAACUAAUUAUUUUUGUAGUUACUUCUACCAAACAGCCUUUCCUUUCCAGUAACAUUCCUUAGUAUUUUUAUAGCUAAGCACAUUUUAUUUUGUUGCUGGUGAACCGGUAUUGGAUAAAUACUACAAGUGGAAGCUUUGGAAAUUACGCACUUUGAAAAGCAUUCACUGUUUACUCUUUAGUGGGCUUUGGACUUGAUUACAUUAAAUGUUGAGCCUUUAUAAAGCAUUCUAAGCUGAGAAGUAAAUUGUUACUCAGUGAUGAAAUUUAAAAUACAAACAAAUUUGGUUUUUCUAUUGUUUACAACAAUAUUCAUCUUAACUAUUUAUGCUGGUUGAAUGUGAUUUAAAUAAGACAUUUUUACCAACGUAGCUAGUAUGUGGAUAAAGAACUAUUUCAACCUUAGCAACUGGAUUGGCAGUAUUUUUUUUUUUUUUUACAAAGAACUUUUUUUCACUUGUACAUAAGCUAUAAAUAUAUAUAUACUAUUUAUGAGUAUAAGAAAGCAUAGUCCUAUUUUCUUUAACUGAAUAAACUUGACUAUUGAUUUAUAUAAGCUGAUUCAACAAAAUUAAUACAUGGCUUCAAUAUAAGAUCUUUUUCAAAACUAUUUUCUUAACUGAACAUUUAUUUAAUGAGACUACAUUGAACCCUGUCUAUACCUGGUGUAAAUCACUGUAACCUCUCUACUAACAAUGUUUAUUAUCUUUCCUAGUACUGCACUAAUUGGUUAAUCAGAUCUUUACAUUUUUUUAAAAUAUUGUUUGCAAAAAGCUUAUGUCAGAAAUUUCCAGGCACUGUCAUGAGUCUCAAAGGAAUAUUUUUUGUAUAUGAAUGAAGCUGUUUUUACCAUGCAGUGUUGCAUGUUUUUAAGUUCUGUGGAAUUACCAUAACAAAUUCCGUUUUAAUUGUAAUUUGUUAACUCUUGUACAUAUCAUUAAAAUAAAGUCAAAGCUAAAUUAGUGUUUUCAGUUA